ACUGCGCAUUGCACACUUCGCCGCUUCUCCACCGUGAUUCGACAUAAAAAUGCACGGCAUACCAGCAUUGGUUCGGCAGGCGAAUCCUCCAGCUGCUGGAAACCACCACUCACCGCCAUCAUGUGGCUUUCAACAAAGCAUCUGCUGUGUGGUCUUGGACUCACGGUAGCCGCAACUUCAGCCCAGAAUGUGUCUUCUGAGUACUUUGCUCCCAAUUCCACCGGCUUCCUCAUGGUCCAUGGCUGGGAGUCAGUCCUGGUACAACCUUUUGGCUACGACGGCUUCCGUGUCCGAGCAUGGCCCUUCCGACCUCCCAAUGGCAACGAAAUCAGCUUUAUUUAUGACCCACCUAUCGAGGGCCCAGAAAAUGGAGAGGCCCAUGGCAUGAAUUUCGACUUCACCACCAACGGCAACCAGAGCGCCAUUAUCCGGAACGGGAACAUCAUUGUCAAGACAUAUGGCCUUGACGGCGCCCACUACCGUCUAGCAUUCUACCGAAUUGAGGAGGACGGUUCCGAGACCCUCCUCACCAACGAGUUCAACCCCGUCAAGGCACUCAACCCGCGCUAUUACUCCUGGCCCGGCACGGGAUACGAGUUCUCGGCUGCUUUCUCCUUCAGCACCACACCGGACGAGCAGAUAUUCGGCACGGGCACGCAGCAGGACUUCAUGGUCAACAAAAAAGGAUCUGUCAUCGACCUAAUCAACUUCAACACAUACGUGCCGACGCCCGUCUUCACGUCGAGCCGCGGCUACGGCUUCGUGUGGAACUCGGCCGCACAGGGCCGCAUGGAGUUCGGCUCGCGCCGCAACAAAUUUGUCACGGACUCGACAACGCUCGUCGACUAUGCCAUCGUCAGUGCGCCCGAAGGCGACUACGACGGUCUGCAGCGUAAGUUGUCUGCUCUCACAGGCCGCGCGCCCACGCCGCCCGAGUUCUCUCUGGGCUACCUGCACUCGAAGCUGCGGUACGAGAACCAAACCGAGGUGGUGCAGCUGGCAAAGCAGUUCCAUGACCGCGACGUUCCCGUGUCGCUGAUCGUCGUUGACUACGAGUCGUGGGCGCAGAACGGCGAUUGGGGCCUGGAUCCGGCACUCUGGCCUGACGUGGCGUCCAUGGCGGCGCAGGUCAAGAACUUGACAGGCGCUGAGAUGAUGGGCUCGCUGUGGCCGGGCGUCGAGGAUGACAGCGUGAACUACGCCGAAAUGAUGCAGUACGGGCUGCUUUCGGCGACCAUGUCAGGGCCUGGGACAACAGACUCUUGGAAUGGCAGCUACAUCCGCAACUACGACGCCACCAACCCGCGUGCGAGGGAGUUUUUGUGGAAGACGCUAAAGAAGAACUACUACGACAAGGGCGUCAAGAACUUCUGGAUCGACCAGGCCGACGGAGGCGCGCUUGGAGAGGCGUGGGAGAACAACGGGCAGAGCUCGUACAUUGAGUCCAUCCCGUUCCCGCUUCCUCAGGUUUUGUAUCAUGCCGGCACCCAGGCUUCAGUUGGGAAGCUCUAUCCAUGGGCCCAUCAACAAGCCAUCGAGGAAGGAAGUCGCAAUGCCACCGGGAAAGAAAUGGGCACACCAUGCGACACCGUUUCGCUCAGCCGUUCGGGCUACAUUGGCUCGCAGCGCUUCUGCAGCAUGAUCUGGUCGGGCGAUACCGAAGCAACGUGGGAGGUGCUGGGCAACCAGAUCCCCAACGCGCUAUCGGCUGCCUUGACGGGCUGGAGCUGGUACACGACGGACGCCGGCGGCUUCCAGGCCGACAAAUCCAUCGACUGGUCUAACAACAUCGACCGCCCCGAGUACCGCGAGCUGUACGUCCGCUGGUUGCAGUGGACAACGUUCUUGCCGUUUAUGCGCAACCACGGCUCGCGCUCCUGCGACGUCCAGCACGCCUUCACCUGCGACAACGAGCCCUGGACGUAUGGAGAUGAGAACACGCCGACAAUUGUAUCGUACAUUCACUUGCGCUACCGGCUAGCGUCGUACUUGCGCGCGAUUUUUGAGCAGUUUUCGCAGACCGGAAGGCAAAUCUUGCGCCCGCUGUUUAUGGAUUUUGGAAAGAGCGACGAGAAUAUCUCGCUGUGGACGAAGGAGAACCGGAACGUUACAACGCAGCAGUACAUGUUUGGCCCGCGCCUGCUCGUCGCGCCUGUUGUUCUGCCAAAUGUGACCGAGUGGCCAGUGUAUCUGCCUAAGACGCUGUCUGGGGACGCGAAGCCGUGGACGUAUUGGUGGACAAAUGAGACGUUUGCUGGCGGCCAGACGGUUAAUGUAAGUGCGCCGUUAGAGCAUAUUCCGGUGUUCCACUUGGGUAGCAGGGAGGACAUCUUCUCUGGAAACGUAUUUUAAGGUAGAGGGAAGUAAUAGUAGUCUAUAUUUAGCGGAUAGUAACUAUUAGAUUCUAGUAAUUAAUCUAACAA